UUUAGACAUGUAUUUCGUGCGAGAUUAUGUCGCCAAUUAUCAUAAUUUACCUCAAAUAUCUACAAGAAAAAGGACGAUAGAAACAUCAUGAUAUUGUUCAUUCCAAUUGCCUUAUUACUGAUGUGUGUUAUGUCCUGUUAUUCCAAAUCUGGUGCCAAUGUCCUUCCAUAUGAAUGUAUUUUACCAAGUGAUAGUGGUCACCAUUGUCGACAUAGUCGGACAAGCUGGUAUUUCAAUGUUAAACAAGGACAGUGUGCCAAGUUUAGAUACAAUGGGUGCGGAGGAAACCAAAACCGCUUCGAUUCUUAUUCUGAAUGUCGAAGGAAAUGUUCAUGUCAUGCUGAAAUUAAUCAGGGUAUUUAUUGUUCAGAGAAGUAUGUUCUACGUUAUUACUGGGAAACCUCGAGUAAAAUGUGCCGAGAAUUCUGGUUCAGUGGUUGCAAAGGAAACGAGAAUCGGUACAGGACAUUACGACAAUGUAAACGAGUAUUCGUGACGUAUGCGGCGAAGAAAACCAAGGAGGAUCCGUUUGACCUCAGUGGAAUAAUGUCGAUGCUGGAUGGCCCAAACAAAGUUGGAGCAAAGAUGGGACCUAUGGAAAUCAUGUCGCUAAUGACCCAAGUUCAAACCUUGCAAGAAAGCUUAGAAAAGAAGCCAAGUUCAAGUUCAAAAGACACGAAGAAGCCGUCAAAGAAGUCAAAGAAAUCUAAAAAAUCGUCUAAAAAAUCUUCUAAAAAGUCAAAGAAAGCACCUAAAAAAUCAUCCAAAAAAUCAAAGAAGGACAGGAAAACACUAAAAUUUAUCAUUGUUUUAUUGUACGUGUUUACGUUACUUUUGUUAUUAAUAAGGACCCCAAGAUUUAAUGGGAUAUUAAAUCAACUAGAGAAACCAAUUCUAGAAGAAAGUGUUCGACAAAGAGAUUUCACAGUAAAUAUGAACAAAAACAUUAUUUCACUGGGCCUGUGUUUGUGUAGCAUUCUACUGCUCACGAGUGCUCACAGACAAAAAAGAUCUAUUUUUUCGGUAAGAAAAUAUAAUCCAUUAUCGCAAAAUGAAGUACAGUUUUACUUACAAGAGCUACAAGAACUGAAACAAAGGUUGAAUGGAGGCAACUCACAUGGAAGCAAAUCAAGAAGGAGAGACAGACACUCAAAGAAAGGAGGUAAGAGAUCCGGGAGAGACGAACCGACAUGGCGAGCAGGCAUGUCCUGGUGGGAUAGCACGCAUGGCAAAAAGGCCGGGAGUUCUUCAGGUUCAUGGGCGUCAUCAUCAUCUAAUAAAUGUGACCAACCAAUUGCUUACGGAAAUACAGACUGUACGGCCCAUACUGUGAGAUAUUACUAUGAAAAAGCAAGCAAGAUGUGCCGAAAGUUCCAUUACACCGGAUGUGGAGGCAACAAGAACAACUUUCACAGUAAACGUGAAUGCAUGCGCAGAUGCAGACAUUAACACGUGUAUAACAUGGACAUAUUUCGUUAUAAAUCUAUAUAUCAUUUCAUUACAUGAGCACUCAGUCUGUACAAUCUAAAUAAUCGUUACUUAUACAUUUAUUUUAAGA